GAUAAAUUUUAAUGCAAAUUAUAAAUAGGUAGUGAUGGACUUAAAUCAAAAGUGAAGGAAUUUAGUAAUAUAGGUACAUAAAGGUUAGUCAAAUAAUCAGAUGAGGAUAGUUUUUACAGUUGAAAGAAAUGAUGAAGACAAUUAAAUAGGAUACUAGACUUAUUUGUCUAAUGGGUAAGAUAUACAAUAUAAUUUCAUAGUUGUCUUUUAGUUUUAUUACAAUUUUAUAAUUCAUACAGUUCUUUAUUUUGGACAGUAUAAAUGGAUGAUUAUAAAUGUUUAAUGUAAUUGUCAGAUGAAGAAUUCCUGAAGACUCUAAAUAAUUAAUUAGGUAGAUUUGCUCCAAGGAUAAAGAAUUUGAGUAACAAAAGGAUGAUAUUUCCUUUGGAGUCCCUGCAAGCUCAAAGAUACACAAAAAAGAAUGGAC